AUGCCGAAGCACACUCGCUCGUCGAGCUCGAGUCACAACAACAAUCGUUACUCGAGCCAACAAAACACCAUGCCGGUAUCCCUUGCGCCCUCCGCUCCCCUCCCCAUCUACACCACCCGGGGCCCCUCUCUCCCGCUGAACACCGGAGGCUACUACCCCACCGUCGCCACGACAUCCGCGCAGCAGGCGUCCAUGCAAGCGCAGGCCUACGACGCUUACACGGCGGAGGUCGUGUCACAGCAACAGCAGCAGCAGCAGCAGCAGCAGCAGCAAGUGCCGCCGCUCCCCAACCGGCCGUCGUCGGGCGCGUGGACGGUGCAGGACGACCAGAACCUGCUGGCGGCGCGGCAGCAGGGGCUCAACUGGGCGCAGAUCCAGAGCAACUACUUCCCGAACAAGUCGCCGAACGCGUGUCGGAAGCGCCACGAGCGCCUGAUGGAGCGCAAGGGCGCCGACGACUGGGACAACCGGAAGCUGGAGCGCCUCGCCAAGGAGUACAUGAGCAUGCGCAAGGAGAUAUGGCAGCCACUCGCGGCGCGCACGGGAGAGAAGUGGAUUGUUGUCGAAGCUAAGCAACAACUAACCACUCGGGCCCCCGUGCCCUUCAACCACCAACAGUGCAUGAACAACGGCCUCAAAAACCUCCAAUCCGCCGCGCGCUCCGCCGCGCGGCGCGAGCGCCUAGAGUCUGGCUCCGGCCACCACCAGCAUAUGCAGCAGCAGCAGCAGCAGCACGCAGGGUAUGACGACGACAGCGGUAUUUCCGGGAUUGGUCUGACACCCGUAGAUGACCUGGACGCGUCGUACAGCAGCCCCGAGACCUCGGUGUCCAGCUGCUCGCACCACUCCGGCGGAAGCCACCACGGCGGCUACGGUCACCCGAUGGCGCUCGCGGGCGGCCACCACCACCACCACCACCCUUACGGCGGUAACUACGGCACCGGAGGCGGGGCGGGGGGCGGUGGCGGUGGCGGUGGCGGUGGUGGCGGGCUGUCCUCGAGCUACGGGUCCUCGGUCUCCUCGUCCGCGCACUACGGCGCCCCGAUGCACCACGCCGCGCACCAGCACGCCGACUCCUCCCCCUACGCGCUGGCCGACGGCCAGAGGCUGCCGAGCGUCGAUAUGGGGAUCGAUGCGAUCAUCAACAGGCCGGGACAUGCUCCGCAUGGCAUGUGAAAAAGGGGGGGUAGGGGGGGGGGGUGGUUUAAUUUAAUGUUGGUGGUAGAAUCGAACCCUCUCUCACUCACUCACUCACUCACUUUAAUCAGCCGUUUAGUUUUAUACUGUCUAAUCCUCCUCACCACACCCCCUCCCCCCCAAAAGCUCUAGUAAAAAUUUCUUGUUUCUUAUUUAUUACCUACAGCUACCCUACCUACCUACCUAUAUUUUCUUAUUCACAUUGGAUAGAUA